CGAGCGAGGAGUGAGUGGGAGCGAGCGAGGAGUGAGCGUCAGCGUGAGCGAGUGCCGAGUACCGAGUGCGCGUGUGCGAGUACCGAGUACCGAGUGAGCGUGCGGCGACGGCGGUGCGUGGGGAGAGGACGACGACGACGAUGCUGCGUGGGGCGGCAACCCUACAAUUGGCUCGGGAGACGACUUUGCAAGCUCGCAAGCCCCGCAAGUGACGCGCGACGACGACUCGAUCCCGCCGAUGUUGACGCGGGGCGACCCUACAAUUCGCUCGGGAGACGACUCUGUAAACUCGCGAGUGACGCAGGACGACGCAGGCAUCGGCUCGAAGAUCGCGACCCCUCGCGAAUCGCCAACGCAGGACGACACUGUCAUCGGCUCGAACAACGCGACUCCUCGCGAAUCGUCAACGCAGGACGCCACUCUCAUCGGCUCGCACGACGACCCGCAGCCUCACGAUCUCUCCACGCAGCGCGACGCCACUGUCAUCGUCUCGCACGACGACAACCGUUGGCGCGCUCGAAUGCCUCAAGACCGACUAUUGACGCGCAAUUUUCAAGUCAACAACUCUUUCAGGGGCUGUAAGCGACACUUGCUUGCUGGACGAGUGGACCUAGCAACGCUCGACGGGGAUGCCAAAGAGCACCUCACGCAUGCCAACAUCGUAUUGCGCGGUGAGCAGCUCGCCAACGACUUCUUUGGCGGCGCGCCGUCGGGCGAGCAACUGGCCAAAGGUUGCGCGCCGUCGGGCGAACUACUCGCCGACGACGACUUCUUUGGCGGCAACGACGACACGGAAGCAUCGACGUCGACGUCGACGUCGACGUCGCCGUGGACGAUCGUCCUGCUGCCAUCGCCGCAAAACCACUUGUUUCGCGUAUAUUCAGCGCGGAUCAAGGGCAGAUCGGUGCGCGCAACCAUUUGUCUGGAGUACGACCUCGAGGAAGCGGGCGCGGGCGCGGGCGCGGACGUGGCGCCAAGAUCACUGCUGGAGCGAGUCAAUCGAGCGAGAUCCUAUCGAGGCGUCUCGUUGCUCGAUCGAUGGAACGGUCCAAAUCACGACGCCACGCUCGAUUUGCGCGGCGGCGAUUUCGAGUGGGAUUUCGUCUUUGACCGCACGCACAGACUCUUUGUCUCUCAGCGUUGGAGUUUGCCUGGUCAAGCGAGAGAGCCGGAGCGAGAGAGCGCCGGCGCGCACGACGACGCGAGCGCGAGCGCACACGAAGAGGGGAGCGACGACGCGAGCGCGAGCACACGCAAACGCAAGCGAGGGACAAUGUGGCACCAACCGUGGGACGAACUUGCUUCCUCCGUCGAGCGCAUCCUCACGCAGGCACUUGAUGCCGAACAACGACUCCAAGCAGCGCAGCGCGCCAUCGACGACAGCUCCCUCGCACUUCACAAGACGCGCCACUUGCGCGCCAAGCCCAGAAACGUCAUCACCGUCAAUGCAAAGCACAACAAGCUGCGCCGUCGACUUCAACAACAGCGCAUCAUCUUUGAAGAGGAGACUACGAACCUCUCGCUUUGGGCCCAAGCGCUCUCUCUUCCAGCACACCCCAUCGAGCCGUCUCGCAGCUGCAACGGCAACGUCUUUGGUGCGUUGCACGCCCAUCUCCGAGCUUCAGGAACCAGCAGGGCUGCGCUGGACGGCACCAACUACAAUGUCGAGAUCAAAGAUUACCGCGAGUCGAUUCUACCUUUUCUCUAUGGUGCCGACGGCGGUCGUCUCUUGAGACGCAUGCGCGAGGCGAUGAGCGUGGGCUUUCCCCGCGUGUACAAAAAGUACAACGACGUUCGACUUCAUCCUAGUCUCCUCAACGUUGCGCCAAAGCGAGCAUACCGCUCGGUGAUGACUGCGCGCAUUGUGCAAGAGAUGGAGCAACGUCGAGCGGCGCUGAUGUCGCCUUGGUGUUCGGCAGCAAUCAACAUGCCAACAACGUCUACCGGCAUGACUGCUCAUCGCGACAAGAGGGAUGCUCAGUGGGGCUUGUGCGUCGUCACUGCGCUAGGCGACUUUACUGGAGCGGCGCUGUGCCUAGACGAAGUGGGCAUAGCGAUCCACAAUCGCGCCAUGGACGUCACCAUCUUUCCCUCGGCACUGUGCACGCAUCGCAAUGCCAACACGCUUGUUGGUACGCGCAUGUCCAUGGUCGCAUACACCCAGCAAGCUAUUCUGCAGCGCUACUCGCAGCUACCUACCUGCGACGACUUUCCAGUCUGGCAGAGUGUUCCUCGUCCGGUCCUCUCGGCGCGAUCCAAGAACCGUCAACGCACGCAAAAGGCCAAGCUUGGAAGGCAGCAGCGCGGUGCGGACGCGAAGUGACUCGCGGCGUUGCGCUCGCGCUACCGCCUCGGAAGAAAAUCGCGCCGCGCCCGAGC